UGACUAAUCCACUCACACACACACACACACUCACACACACAGCCAACCACAUGCCAUAUCAUACACCACCAAUCAUUUCAUUACUGCAGAAUGGAUUCCGGCUCAUGCGGGACAUUUACAGAGCUGUGUAGUGCGGACGAUUCCUCCGCUUCGUCCUGCGUGUCUCUUUACUUCUCCCUACUGAAGCCGAUUCUUCCUUAAAACAGACCCGUGAUGAAGGACGGACAGAAAGACCAGGCUGUGGAGAUAGCAGAUGAUUGGCCAGGGUAUGAAUUAGAGCUGUUCACGUAUCCGGAGCAUUACCGUGGUGAUGUGGAGAGUGUGUACAUCCCACACGGCAUCAUCAUGAACAGGAUCGAGUGUUUAGCCAGAGACAUCCUGGAGGACAUGGGUCAUGAUAACCUGAUGGUUCUGUGUGUUCUGAAAGGAGGCUAUAAGUUCUGCGCUGACCUGAUGGACUCCGUUAAAACCCAAAGCCGGAGCUCUGAUUGUCCCAUCACCACCCGCGUAGAGUUCAUCCGCCUCAAGAGCUACCUGAACGACCGCUCCACUGAAGACCUGCAGAUCAUCGGCCCUGAGGAUCUCUCCAUGCUGAAAGGAAAAUCCCCUGACCUGAACCCCAUAGAACACCUGUGGGAUGAACUGAAGAGGAGAGUCCACCAGCGUGGACCUCGAAAUGUGAAGGAUCUGGAGAGAUUCUGUAUGGAGGAACGCUCUCAGAUCCCUCACCAUGUAUUCUCCAACCUCAUCAGCGUUAUAGGAGAAGACUCAGAGCUGAUAUCUUGGCGAAGCGAGGCAGAACAAAGUAUUGACUAAAAGGGUGCCAAUAAUUGUUGCGCACCUAUAUUUAACAAAGGUAUUUUUUUUAAAUAAACAUGUGUUGUGUUUGCAAUUGUUUGAUCUCCAUGAGAGCAGAGUAUUUUUGUGAAUCUUUUAGAUCAAAAGAUCAAAAGGUUAAACAAUAAAGACAAUUUUCACAGCCUUCUUUGCUCAUGUUUACCAAGGGUGCCAAUAUUAGUACACGGCCAUGGCUCUCCCGAGUGUAAGAAAUAUUCGAAAGGUAUCGCUUUAAAGUCUAGUGGCGUAGGUUAGAGGGGUAGGUUAGUGCUGUAGAGAGAAAUAGUGGAGAAGCUGAAAUAGUUCCAUCUAAUGGAGCCCGAGUUCUAACAAAAACGCUAAGGUACCGUGAUGAGAGCACACUCGGGUCACUUCCAGGCCGUGUAUGGUUGAAAUUAUACACAUACGGUUCGGUUUUUAUUAAUGACAAAUAGCUUUCCUUCUGACUCCGUUUCCUCUCCCGGUUUCUUUCUCAUGAUGUCUCGGGGACUUUUCCUCCACACUGUCCCCGCUGGCGUCUUCAUCAAUGAUCUAAACCUACAUCUGGAUUCUGUAAUGCUGCUUUGUGACAAUAUCUGUUGUUAAAAGUGAUAACCACUGUGACAUUUGUGUUUCCGCUUCAGUGUGUUCACUCUGUAUGGCAGAGCACACCUGAAACACAUCCAUUCACACCUGUAGCAUGACACGUGAUCAUCUGGACGUUCUUACGCUCCAUAAAAGCCUAGUUAAGAAAUCGAAAUCUUCACUUUUAGCGCAGGAAUGAAGCGGCUCCAGUCGUCUGACCGACAGCAUGCUCACUUCAGUGAGUCGACUCUUUUCGGUAGUUUUAGCUAACGUUACAUUUCCGAUUAGCAUCUUAAUGAUGAGAGUUUUAUUUGUGUAGGAAGGUUGGUGGUAUUUGUGGUGCACGUUGCCAUCUCACAGCUCCACGGUCGCCAGAUCCAUCCUACGCUCAGGUUACUGGCUGCAUGGGUUUCCUCGGGGUUUUCUGGUUUCCUCCCACCUCGCAAAAACAUCCCAUUAGGUUGAGUGAUGACUAGGACUAGCAUCUCUCAUACCCAGUGUUUUCCAGGGAUAAACUCUGGAUCCACCGUGACCCUGACCAGGACAAAGCGCUUACUGGUGUGUCACAGUUUUGUCUGUAGUUUUGGCCUAAAUCCCGCGAGAAUCUCACUACCUUCAUGCAUCUCACCCGUCUUUAAAACCUUGACCAUCAACCAUGAUGUCAGGAUGAGAAAGAUCAGCACAGUGCAUGCUGGUUACUCAGGGUUCAGUCCAAACUAGGAGAGCUCCGAUGCGUGUAUGUUCUGUCUCAAAAACACAAUCAGUGUAGGAUAUUUGUAGAAGAAGUUCUUGGGUAAGCGAGGGCAGAACAGGACCGCUGAGCCCGUAGUGAGCUGUUGUUUGUUUACUCUCUGGGUUUAUAAUGUGUUUUCAUCUCGCCAACUGUGCCCCAGGACACAAAAUCACUAAUAAUUUCACUCAAGUAACAAACAACCUGCUGUUUUAUAGCCACAUUAGUAAAACAAUGAGAAGCAAAACAGGCCACGAAUGAUAUUUCAUUGAAUUAGCCAGUAGAGCCCUGUUGAAAAUAAAAAACAAUAGAAACCAUCACAGAAGUAAUAAUGGUUUUCACUACAAAUACCAUUUCGAACCAUCAGCUAAUUAUUAAAACUAUUUCCCUUACCAUUAUUGGUCCUUAAUGGUAUCCACAACAAAUUUGCCAGUAGAUACCCACAGGAAGCAUUAUGGUUUCCAUUAAAACCAAUACAAUUCCCAUUAUAACCAUUAAAACCAUUUGUUGUUGUUUUUUUCAGCAGGGAGGUACAGGUCAGGUUUUUUCUUUGUGUCUUUGUGUUCAGAUAGACAUGAUGACCUUCAUAGCACAGUAGCUUCAAUGAUUAUCUAAUCUAAUCUGGGUAAAUCAGACCUAGCCUGUUUGCUGUCUAGUUAGAUCAAGGCAUAAUAUCCAUUAGUUAAAAGCGUAGCAUUUGUUAGCUCGCUAAUUCAGAUAGACACGGCACAGAGUAGUUGUUAAAUGAAAGGUAAAUACUGUUCACUGUAUUCAUUUGUUCAAAACAAAAUGUCUAACUUUAGCUAGCAAAUUACCAAUGCUAGCAGGUCCAACGUAAGGUAGCUAGCGAACAGGGAUCAUUAGAUCAAUAAUAUGAGUCGAUUUGAUACGUCGAAAACACUAUCGUUUUUAAACACUAUCUGUAUCUGCUAGACUAAACUAAUACAGGUGUACGGUGUACCGUACUUUCAGCUUGUGUACGUGGCUUCUAUCUCAUCACUGAUGCUGUAGAAGUUUGUUUAUUGGAAUUAUUCCAGGUGUGAGGUACAGGUGUUGCAGUUGAUGUCAAGAGGUACAACAAAAGAUUAUGAACGAAACACUGAUUUUAAACAUUGAUGUAAGGUGAGAGAAACGAGUCUCUAGGCUCUUGUGCCGCUUUACCUCUGAGCUCUAAAUCUUAGUUCAGCUUGCAUCAGAUUCAAACUGCACUAGCUGGGAAAACCGCUUCUUUCAUGCAGGGAAGUUGUGCUCGUAAAAACAUGCCAUUCACAAAUUCCCUUCAGCUGGGCCUGAUCUUAGUGGCUACUUUCAGAAAAAAAAACACAAAAACCCGACGUAGCUUUUUUACACCGCCGCAGGGCAUCACACAGAACGUCAGCACAAACUGAGCCCUGAGAACACACCGCCAUCGCUCCCGCCCUUGUUUCAGGCACAAGCCCACAUCAAAGCGCGGCGUUACGAACAUGGCCGGUGUGUUUAACAAGUCCGUCGUCAUCGUCCGAUCUCGUAUGUAAACAUAGACGGUACAGACGGCUGGAACGAAAACAAACAGACGAGAGCAGCCACAAAUGAACAAGCUCAAACAAACGUCUGAAGGCAGAACCUCACGCCGUCCCCCCACCCCCCCAAUCCAGCUCUGAUCUGUUGUUGUUUAAGCUCGAUACUGGGUUUAAUUUGUCCUCCCAUCUUCCGCGCGUAAAUUCAGGGAAACGAAAAGCUCGGCGCCGGAGACGUCGCUUUCACAAGAACCGCUUUUGCGAAACUGCGAUCUUGAACUGUUUAUGAACUUCCUUUGCUUUGUGAUAUCCGAUGCCAAUCUGACAUUGUUAUGUGGAAGUCAUGUGUAGCACAGACACAGAAAGACGCAAUUAUGGCUUAUUACUACACACACACACUCAAACACACAAACACACACUCACAAACACACACACUUUAUAUUUUUACUUGUAGGUAUUAGUUUACCGGUUACGGUACUGAUCUAGAAAUUAAGGCCACCUGAGAGAAAGUUCUACAGUGAAUUCCUCAUAGCUUCAUGACGGAUGUUGAUGCAUUUCCUUAUCCGUGUCCCACACAGCUUCGGUUAU